GCCAGGUCUGAAUCGUGUUUCACGCCUGCCGUCCGUCCACCAUCCACCAUGGUCUCCCGCGCGUUCUGCAUCCCCGGCAUCGUAUUCCUGCUCGCCGCCUUUGUGCUGAGCUUUUUGACGUCGAUUUCGCUGCCGUACCUCCCGGCGCUCGACAUCGCGACGGUCCAUUUUGGAAAUGGGCAAAACUCACAGAUACCGAAUACAAAUGUGCCGGUUAUAAAGGAGUUACGGUUUGGAAUAUGGGCGUACUGUGAGUACGCGGCCAACGAUGGGCAUCGGACAUGCAGUCCAGAAGGCCAUGGAUAUCAGGUCCAAGUUGGUGAUGCUACCAACAACGACACAGUCACCAUCGGUUCCUCCUGGACUCGCGGACUAGCUGUCCACCCAGUUGCGACCGCCGUCACCUUCAUCGCCCUCCUCCUUUCGUUCUCGACGCACGUCACCGUCACGCUCCUUGCAUCCAUCGUCUCUUUCCUGGCCGCCCUUCUCACUCUCAUAGCCUUUGCCAUUGACAUCGCGCUCUACGCCUACGUGCACCACGAGAUGGGCAAGCUCAGUGGAUCAGUCAAUACCGACACCGCGCCUGGCUUCUGGCUUACAUUCGUCUCCCUCAUCCUGCUCCUACUGGCAGGCUGCACGGUAUGCUUCGGCAGGCGCCGCGAGCGCAUGUCGGGGUCGAGCUACGGCAACAGCUACCCCAUGUCCACCAAAAGACGGUUCUGGCCUUUCAACAGGAGCUAAAUGCUUGUGAAAUCUGCACUCUGUUUAUACCCCCUUGGAGCUGGCCGUCGAGUUUCCCGAUACUGAUCCUGUAUUUAUGGACUGCCUUCUUGGUAUACUAAUAACUUUAUCUGUGUUCCUGUUUGCUCACUGUUCCUGGAAUGCUCUACGGUUUUGCGAUGUUGUCCGUACUAUGCAUGCUACCAGCGCUCGACGAGAAUAUUGUGCAGAGUAUCGCUCCUAACUCGGAGGUCUCCUUUAAUACAUCCCUGAAGUUUC